AUGGUGCUGCUGCGAGCCCCGGCCGGCGUCUCGGGAGACGGCUCGGAGGUCUGGUCCAGCCACCCGCGGGCGAGCCCGGUGAACGCCACCCAGCUGUUCCUCUAUGACACGUUCCCCACCAACUUCUCGUGGGGCGUGGGCACCGCGGCGGUGCAGGUGGAAGGGAGCCGGCCGGAGGAUGGGAAGGGCCCGUCCAUCUGGGAUGGCUUCCUGCGCGCACCCCGGCCCGGCGUCCCCGGCGGCGGCGCCCAGCCGUCCAGCGACAGUUACCUGUUUCUGGAGAAAGACUUGUGGGCGCUGGAGUUCCUCGGAGUGUCUCUGUAUCAGUUUUCCAUUUCCUGGCCCAGGCUCUUCCCCGAUGGGACGGUCGCCGCCGUCAACGCGAAAGGUCUCCGGUACUACGAGCGGCUGCUGGAUUCUCUCCGGCUCCGGCGCGUGGAGCCCGUGGUGACUCUGUACCACUGGGACCUGCCCCUGACCCUGCAGGAACGGUACGGGGGCUGGAAGAACGGCAGCAUGGUGGACUUCUUCAACGACUACGCCACGUACUGUUUCCAGACCUUCGGGGACCGGGUCAAGUACUGGAUCACAAUUCACAACCCGUACCUGGUGGCGUGGCAUGGCUACGGUACGGGGCUGCACGCUCCCGGAGAGAAGGGGGAUCGAGCAGCCGUCUACGCGGUGGGUCACAACCUCAUCAAGGCUCAUUCAAAAGUUUGGCAUAACUACAACAGAAAUUUCCGCCCACAUCAGAAGGGCUGGUUAUCAAUCACAUUGGGGUCCCACUGGAUUGAGCCAAACAGAUGGGAAAAUCAGAUGGAUAUACUCAGGUGCCAGCAAUCCAUUGCUUCCGUGCUUGGCUGGUUUGCUAGCCCCAUUCACGGCAACGGCGACUACCCCGAGGACAUGAAGAAGUGGCUGUCUAUUCUACCUCUUUUCUCAGACACAGAGAAAAAGGAGGUGAAGGGCACUGCUGACUUUUUUGCUUUUUCCUUUGGACCCAAUAAUUUCAAGCCUCAGAACACCAUGGACAAAAUGGGGCAAAAUGUGUCGCUCAAUUUGAGACAAGUGCUGAACUGGAUUAAGUUAGAAUACAACAACCCUCGGAUCUUGAUUACUGAGAAUGGCUGGUUCACAGAUAGCUACAUAAAGACGGAAGACACCACAGCCAUCUACAUGAUGAAGAAUUUCCUCAACCAAGUUCUCCAAGUUGUGCCUGUCUUGCAGCCCGAGUUCAUGGCCUCCUCCCCCCAAUUUACCGACCCGCACCUGUACGUGUGGAAUGCCACCGGAAACAGAUUGUUGCACCGCGUGGAAGGCAUAAAGUUGAAAACACGGCCGGCCCAGUGCACAGACUUUGUGAGCAUCAAAAAACAACUGGAGAUGUUGGCCAGAAUGAAAGUCACGCACUACCGAUUUGCUCUAGACUGGGCCUCCAUCCUCCCCACGGGCAACCUGUCUGUCAUUAACCGACAAGUGCUCAGGUACUACAGGUGUGUGGUCAGCGAGGGGCUGAAGCUCAGCAUCUCCCCCAUGGUCACCUUGUAUUACCCCACCCAUGCCCACCUGGGCCUCCCAGGGCCUCUCCAGCGCCGUGGCGGGUGGCUGAGCCCCUCCACCGCCCAGGCCUUUCGGGACUACGCCGGGCUGUGCUUCCAGGAGCUGGGGGACCUGGUGAAACUCUGGGUCACCAUCAAUGAGCCGAACCGGCUGAGCGACAUCUACAACCGCACCAGUAAUGACACCUACCGGGCGGCGCACCACCUGCUGAUGGCCCACGCCGGGGUCUGGCACCUGUACGACCAGCGCUACAGGCCGGCACAGCGCGGGUUGGUGUCCCUGUCGCUGCACGCGGACUGGGCGGAGCCCGCCAACCCCUACGUGGACUCGCACCGCCAGGCGGCCGAGCGCUUCCUCCAGUUCGAGAUCGCCUGGUUCGCAGAUCCCCUGUUCAAGACCGGGGACUACCCGGCGGCCAUGCGGGAGUACAUCGCCGCCAAGGCGCGGCGCGGGCUGUCCAGCUCGCAGCUGCCCGUCCUGAGCGCGGCCGAGCGCAGGCUGGUGCGGGGCGCCGCCGACUUCUGCGCGCUGAACCACUUCACCACCCGCCUGGUGCUGCACGAGCCGCAGCGGGGCGGCGGCCGCGCCCACGCCGACCGCGACCUCCAGUUCCUGCAGGACAUCACCCGGCCCAGCUCCCCCGCGCGCCUGGCCGUGGAGCCCCGCGGCGCGCGCCGGCUGCUGCGCUGGGUCCGCCGCCGCUACGGAGACCUGGACGUCCACAUCACGGCCAGCGGCAUCGACGACCCGGCGCCCCACGACGACCGGCUCCGGAAGUACUACCUGCAGACCUACCUGCAGGAGGCGCUCAAAGCAUACCUGAUCGAUAAGGUCAAAAUCAAAGGGUACUAUGCAUUUAAACUGACUGAAGAAAAAUCUAAACCCAGAUAUGGAUUCUUCACAUCUGAUUUCAAGGCUAAAUCCUCCACAGAGUUUUACAGCAAGCUGAUCAGCAGCAACGGCUUCCCUUCCCAGAACAGUGGAACUGGAUGUAGACAGACUCAGAGCAGCACAGAGUGCACUGUCUGCUCCCUUCUCCUGCAGAAGAAACCACUGAUAUUUUUUAGUUGCUGCUGUUUCUUCACCCUGGUUCUGCUAUUAGCACUCACUGUCUUUCAUCAGCAAAAGAGAAGAAAAUUUUGCAAAGCAAAAAACUUGCAGCACAUACCACUAAAGAAAGGCCACAAUAGAGUUCUUAACUAA